CCAAGAGCACAUGAUCUUCUUGUAUAGAGAUAAGACAUCAAGCAGCAGCCUUUUUUCUCAGUCAUGGACGGCAGAGAGAAGAGAGCGCUUCACUUCUUGAUCUUCGCUGCUUAUCUCGUGGUCUCAUCUUCACCUUCUGCAGGUCUGAUCAGAUUAGCUGGAUCUGGGUCCACUCAGUGCUCUGGAAGAGUUGAAAUCUAUAACUCUUACUCUUACCCUUACUAUUCCUGGGGAACAGUGUGUGAUGAUGGCUGGGACUUACAAGAUGCUGAGGUGGUCUGUAGAGAGCAGAGCUGUGGGAUAGCUCUGGAGGCUCUUGGGUCUGCUUACUUUGGUCAAGGUACAGGAACUUUCUUGCACAGUAAUGUGGACUGUUCAGGAAGUGAAACUUCUCUAGACAAUUGUAGGUACAGCAGCUAUAUUAGUUAUUACUGUCACCAUGGUCGGGAUGCUGGCGUCGUCUGUUCAGGUAAGAAAACUUUCUAUAAUGUUUAUGGUCUUAUCACUUUACAAUAA